AGGAUAAUAUUUGUAAAAAUAGGUGAAUUGUCACGAAGAUAUCCAAUAGUACGGGGUAUGGCAUCGUACACAGUAAUUUGGCCGACAGCCUGUUUGCUCCAACAAAAAAUAUCGGGUAAAGAAAAAUUAGACUACAUACAUGCAUUGAGAUUUAGUCUUUAUGGUGGAUUUUUUGUCGGUCCAACUUUAUUUGCUUGGUUAAAAAUUGCAACAUAUUUGUGGCCAAAACCAAAUCUACGGUCUGCAAUUACAAAGGCGUUGGUUGAACAAGUUACUUAUGGCCCAGCAGCAAUAUGUUGCUUUUUCUUUGGAAUUAAUUUGUUAGAAUUUAAACCAAUCUCGGAAUGUGUUGAAGAAGUUAAAAAUAAAUUUUUCCCUACCUGGAGGAUUGGUGUAUUUGUAUGGCCAAUACUUCAGACAAUAAACUACGUGUUCAUUCCGGAGCGUAAUCGUGUUGUCUAUGUUAGUUUCUGUAGCUUAGGAUGGACUUCACUAUUAUCGUACGUUAAAUCAUUAGAAACAAGUCAACUUAAUAGCGGAACUGUACUGAUGAAAGAACCCAAAGUUCUUGUACCUGCUGUUACUGAUGAUAAUAAUAAUAAUAAUAAUAAUAAUAAUAAUUCAAGUAAAAAUCAAACUACUGAAAGUACUAAAAAAAAAUCAACGUCUUUAUCUUAA